UUUGAACAAAUAUUUUUAUAAAUUUCAUAAAUUAAGCGAUGUCUUAAAACAAACGGUUAACCGUAUAUGUUCUAAAAAUGUUUCCUACAAAUCAUAAAACUAUUUUCGUACUCGAUCAUACGCCAUACUUUGGUAUAUCAUCGGACAAUCCUAUAGACUUCGAUGUCUCUAAAAGCCGGGGCCCUGGCUAUGUCCCUUUACCGCCUGUUUGCAAGUCGCUAUGGACUUGCAGUGUGGAAGCUGCAGUAGAAUACUGCCGAAUAGUAUGGGAUCUAUUUCCUGAAGGCAAACUGGUCCGAUUUGUUGUCAGUGAUUCUGCAGCCCACAUCCUUAAUACUUGGGUUGCAGCACAACAGAACUUAACCCAUAUCCUUAAUGGCUUGUGCCUUGUUGGCGUGGUGCGGCGUGGUGCUGGAGGUGACGUCGUGGGUCUCUGCGCCGCCAUUGAAGCCCUAAGUGAGCCAUCACCCACACAAUCUGCUAGGCCAAACUCGGAAGCACUUUUUCAAAAUAGGGGUCGAAUAAUCUGCAUAACGAGCGCACGAGAUGAUGACUCUAUUAGGAGUCUGGCAGAGAUAGCGUUGAAUGCUCUCAUCCAGCAGAACAAGAAAGCUUCCAGUCAACCUAGUACAUCUGAGUCGACGAGCACUGCUCAGCCACAGGCCUACCCUAUCCAAUAUUGCCAUUUAGUAAUAAUAAACGUUACUCCAGAGAAAGCCGAAAUCAGAGUGAAUAAUCAACCAUUAACAGAGAUGGGGAACGGCCUGAUGGGCGUCGAAGUGAUAGUUUCCAGAGCAAGCGCGCUGGCAACACUGCUCGGGCGUUUAGUGUUGCCACAUUACAAGCUGGUCACCACCACUGUCACCGGGAUACCGAUGAAGGAAGAACAAAACGCGAGCUCCAGCGCAAAUUACGACGUAGAAAUUAUUCACUCGGCUGAGGCCCACGCCGGACUGCGAGCUGCACAAACAGCUGCGGAGGCCACGGAAUCUGUAGUGCUGCGGUGGUGGACCCCUCGGGGGGCGGAGGGCGGCGCGGGCGGGUGCGGCGGGCCGCUGUGGCGCGUGACGCCGGCCGACGUGGCGUCGCGCCCCUCCGCCUGCCUCGUCAACUUCCUGCUCAACGGCCGCUCCGUCACGCUCGAGGUGCCCAGGAAGGGUGGCGGCAGGUCGGCCUCGCACGUGCUGGCGGCGCAGGGCGGCGAGCUGUGGAUCGGCGCGCUGGGCGGCCGCGCGCCCUACGACGAGCCGCCCGCCCUGUCCGAGGGCGCCGGCGGCCGCGUCACCGACUACAGAAUAAAGGAGUUCGGCGCGCUCAUGCAACAGAACCGGCUGUUCCCACUGCGCGGCGCCGGCGCCAACGCGCGGGCUAAGGCGCGCCUGCAGCGGCACACCACCUACUGGCCGCUCACCAUCUCCUCCACGCUCGUCUUCAACUUGGGCUCCGUGAUGGAGCCCUUGACCCGUCUGGUGGUGCAAGAGACACUGACGGAGGACGAGGUCGACACGUGCCGCGGCGUGCUGUUGUCGCUGUUGGGAAUGGAGUCGCGACACGAGUUCCCCACUGCACAACUACCUUCAAACUUGAGAGGGAAGUCGAGCAGCCGCCGCGAGGAGCAGUGGCGACAGGUGUGGAGCGAGCUGGAGGCGCUCGUGCGCGCGCACUCCGCCUCGCCCGCGCACCGCGCGCUGCUGCGCACGCUGCUCGAGUGCCGCGCGCACAACCACCAGGACAGUGACAACCGCGCAUCCGUAAUUCGAGCGACGACCGACUCGCCGCUGUCCCCGACGGGGGCGGGGGCGGGUGCGGGUGCGGGGGCGGGUGCGGGCUCGGGUGCGGGUGCGGGUGCGGGGGCGGGGGCGGGCGGGGGCGACGUGUGGGCGGCGCGCAGCGUGCUGGACGCGCUGCUGGCCGCGCCCCGGCCCUCGCGCCGCCCCGACUUCGCGGGCCGCAUGGCCGCCGGCGGGCGGCAGGCCGUGCUCUACCAACACUUGCAGCAGGAUGUGGAGGCCCAGCAUUAAGAGGCCGUAGUCGAUAUUGGAGCAAAAAUGUAAAAUUGAUAGAUUUAGUCGUUGAAAUUAUACACGUUUUGUUACGUAAUAUCUAUAUAACAAGUAUUGAUUUCUAUUAGCACGUCUUCUCAUCUUGCCUUUUAAUAGUGAGGUCGCGAGCGUGCGUCACCGGUAAUGCAUGAAGAGAAGGGGCAGUUUUUAAAAAUUCAUCAAAAAAUCAUGGUGGUAAAUUAUACAAAUUGAUGUAUAAGAAUAGUUUCAGCAAAUGUUGUAGAUUGUUUAAGUAUCAAAAUUACGUUGAAAUUAAGUCGAUUUUCAGAGAAAUUGUCACUUGUUUUGAAGAAAUUUCUGGAGAAAAUUGAUUUCGUCUAACUUUCAUUUAAA